AUGGGGAUUCUGUUAGGCUAUAGUGAUGUUGGCUAUAGAGUGCUGGUAAAUAACCGAAUAAUAGUUACGCGACACGUGGAUAUUGUCGAAAAAAACAUAAAGUAUAUUAACCUUGAUGAAGAUGAACCCGCUUAUUUAUUUCCUUCUACUUCGACUCUCGAGUUAAGUAGAGGAGAAGAUAGUGAUCACGAAAACAAUUUAAAUGAUAGCGUUUUUGAAAGCACGGACGAAGACGAUGAAGUUAAAAUUGAUAAAGAAAAUGGAAAUCAGAUCAAUUUAAAUCAAGAAAUUAAUUGUGAAGUAACCUUGAACGGAGUUAUCAAACAACUACGAUGUUUCGUAACAGCAAAUUCGGAUCUCAACAUCAUGGGUCUCGAUUGGAUCGCAGCUUUUGAUUUAUGGCAAUGCAGUCUCAAUAGCUUCUGUUCCAAGAUCCAUUCUCAAGCAGAUUCGACGCACUUUGAUAUAUCCUUCAUUAAAGAAAAUUUUAAAGAGGUAUUUUCCUCUCAAUUAGGUCGCUGCACGAAAACUAAAGUCAAACUGAAUUUAAAAAAUAAUUCAAAACCUAUUUUCAGACCUAAGAGACCGGUUGCUUACGCAAUUUUACCUCUAGUCGGCGCAGAGUUUACAAGACUGGAACAAAAUGGAAUCAUUUCACCAAUCAAGUAUUCAAACUGGGUAACUCCAAUAGUUGUAUUAAGAAAAAAAAAUGGAAACAUUAGGAUCUGUCCGGAUUUCUCAACUGGACUUAACGAAUCAUUAGAACCUAAUCGUUAUCCACUCCCAUUACCAGAUGAAAUAUUUUCGCAACUGUUAAACUGUAAGUAUUUCAGCCAGUUAGAUUUGUCAGACGCAUUUCUUCAAAUUGAAAUAGAUGAACAAUCAAAGCAUCUUCUAACAAUCAAUACUCACAGAGGUUUAUACGUUUAUAAUCGUUUACCUUUCGGAGUCACCACAGCUCCAGGUGAAUUUCAAUCAAUCAUCGAUUCAAUGAUAUCUGGACUAGAAAACGUUUUUGUUUAUAUUGAUGAUAUUGUUGUGGGUGGAGCUACAGUUCAAGAGCAUAAUCAAAACCUAACUUAUUUAUUAGAGCGAAUAAAGGAUUGUGGUCUACAUCUGCAAAUAGAGAAAUGUUGUUUCUUUACUACACAGAUCAAUUAUCUGAGUUAUGUCAUCGAUGGACAAGGGUUACAUCCAGAUCCUACAAAAGUCGAAGCAAUUAAAAACAUGCCUGAACCACAUAAUUUAACCACAUUACCAGCAGAUGCUUCAAAUGAAGGAUUAGGAGCAUGCAUUCUUCAUAGAUUUCCAGAUCAUUCGAUCAAGGCAAUCAGUCUCGCCUCAAGGAGUCUCACAGAAGCAGAACAUUUAUUCUCAGUCCUAAAUGAAUCACUUCAGUCCUUUCCAAUCACAUUUCAACAAAUCAAGGAAGCAACUAAAGAAGAUGACAUCUUACAAAAAGUUAUCAACUUUACUUUGAAUUCAUGGCCGCAGAAAGUAGAUGAUUCGGAUUUACAACCAUUUUUCCGCCGUCGAAACUCACUAACCGUGAUUCAAGAAUGUCUUCUUUUCAACGACAGAGUUGUAAUUCCUCAACAAUUCCAUCAACAAAUUCUCAAACAAAUUCAUAAGGGUCAUCCUGGAAUGGAGCGAAUGAAAAUCAUAGCACGUUCGUACGUACUAUUAUCAAGCUGGUCUCUUCCUGAAAAACCAUGGCAAAGAGUUCACAUAGAUUUCGCAGGACCGUUAAAUGGAGAAUAUUAUUUUGUUUUGGUCGAUGCCUUUUCAAAAUGGCCUGAGAUAGUUCCAACACAAACAAUCACAGCUCAGCAAACUAUCGAAAUCCUUCAAGAAAUUUUUGCAAGAUUCGGUGUUCCUGAAAGUCUAGUGUCAGAUAAUGGAACUCAAUUCACCUCAGAAAAGUUUCAAAACUUUUGUCUUUUACAGGGAAUCAAAAAAGCGGAAAAUGCUUUCUGGUCGUUCGGCGAUCUUCCAAUGAUCGUUGUGGGAUACGGCGCUUCGGCGGAGGUCCUGCCUCCAAAUUCUUCAUACAGCAAUCUCUUCCUCGUAGGAGGCGACCUCUUCUCUCUUCUAGCGGUAGGUGAGACAACCGAACACAAGAAUACAGCGCAGCCACCGGCUCUGAUCGUGAAUUACCGGCAAAAUCCGAGCUCAGGAUCGUCUUAA